AUGUCCGCUGCAGUGUCGUCCUCCCUGGGCCGCGCUUUCACCAAGCGCCAAAAGCGGCCGGAGGUGUCCGCCCCCAUGCCCUUUCGCGAGGGACAGCCCCGUUUCGCCGCCGGAACGAUUAAGCGAUCCAAGAUAUCAGCGCCGGUCGAGCUGAUUUCCACCACAAACCUGCUUGCAUACACUGCACCAGACAUCCAGAAACAUGGUCACCAUGGACACAAUCACAAGCACCAGCAGCCAGUCAUCUCGCGGCCCAUCAUCCAACACCAACAACACUCGGCGCUCCAGCAUUCAACUUCCUCUUCUUCCUCUUUCCGAUCAGCAGACGAGUCCGACGCCAGUAACUCGUUACACACCCCCAGCACCACAAUCACCUCUCCCUCGCUCCCAGGUUCGACGGAGGCCUCCCCCAUCCUGAGAGAGAACGGCCACUACAACCAACUUACCGGCUACUUCGACCAGCAAAAGGAUGGUGCGCCACAACCUCCACGACCAUCUCAUGAAUACAGCGCUCCUCCACCUUCUAUCCCCACCCGCGCCCUCAGCCAUACCAAGAAGUCACACCAAGAACUCUCUCGCCAACGGUCGAACGCAUCAAAUAACUCUGCGGGACGGCGCACCCCAUCCUUAUCCAAUACAUCUUCUCCCACUCCUACCUCACUCUCAUCCGCUCACGCCACACACUCUGCUGCCGCCGCCGCCUCCCGUUCACAUGCACAGGACGCUCAUGCCCACCCAUUCGGCAAAGAGCUAGAACAAGUCAACGAGGUCGCAGAAGAAUUCUCGGCUGGUCAACUCUUCCGAGACGAAGAUGAGAGAAUCCUCGCUUCCAAAGGUCUCGUCAAGGUCGAUGUAAUAGAGUACCUCGAGGAAGUCAAGGGCGUAUACGCCUACGUCUUUGGCGGAGAAGUCGCCAAGCGGGACUGGAUCUGA